GCUCUUCUUAAAUACCCGCGCCCUUCCAGCUUGAUCUAUUUUACUUGACUAAAAACAAGUUCAAGACCUGGCACAAUGACAAGUAGCGGACUCCAAGCCAAGCUUCGUGCGCUUCCUGUUCUAGAAGGAGCAUCACACCCAAAAGCAGAGUUCGCUUCGUUCCCCGAAACCCCUCACCAAGCAUUUGAGGCAUGGCUCGACGAGGCCAUCUCAGCCAACGUCCCAGAGCCCCAUGCUGUCACGCUCUCAACAGUAGAUGAACAAGGCUUCCCCGAUGCCCGAGUUCUAAUCCUUAAGAACGUCGAUCACCGCGGCUGGCAUUUCGCCAUCAAAGCCAACAGCCCCAAAGGCCGCCAAAUCUCAUCCAACAACAACGUCGCGCUUACAUUCUACUGGCCCAAAAUCGGACGUCAGGUCCGUCUACGCGGUAAAGCAAAGGCUCUGCCCAGAGGUGAGUGUGAGCAGGAUUGGACGGCUCGAUCGGCUAUGGCCAAGAUCACUGCCAAGGUGUCGAGGCAGAGCGAACCACUUAAUGACCCGCAUGGACUGGAAGCCAAGAUGGCGGAAGCCGUGAAAAGUCAUGAGAUUGAGGGACAAGAGCCAAGUUCUGAGGGUUGGGUGGUAUAUGCCGUGGCGCCGCAGACGGUUGAGUUCUGGCAGGCUUCUAGUGAUCGUCUGCAUCAGCGAUUGAACUACGUCUUCGAUCCGGCCCGAAACACCUGGAAGAAGGAAGCUCUUUGGCCAUAAGCCUCAACAACUAUACACCGCAUCAAUCUCGAUCUUGGUCUAUACGGAGAAUUUAUGUAUACAGGCAUAUACGCCGGGUAUAACACGAUUCGCUUCCCCUUAUGCUCUUAGCGGGCUUACGCGUCCUCUCGACAUCGCCCAGAGUCUAGACCCAAGCCUCACCAAACUACUCUUAUAAAAACACAUCCAACUUCGGAUCUUGACGUGCCGUUCAUAAAAUCAU